AUUCCGUUAUUUCGUGUGAAUUGGGAGACCUUUAAUAGCUCACCUCACACUCCACAACCAUUCGAAAAUAAUUCACAACCAAAUUCACUUUGUAGGUUACCUUUGUUUUUAACUAUUCAUUAUUAACGGAUGACGUUUACAGAAAUUUAUAUCGGUGACGAAAACGGGAAUUAAUCACAAAACCAAACUCACAACAACAAAAAUCCAGUGUAAAACGGACCACACUCCCUCCUUAACUCACACAAUUUGAUACUCAACACCAGGGGGCGCACCAUAAUGACUCAUCAAUCAUCAUUCAUCAUCUUUAAUUUAAAUUAUCUAAAAAUUUCGACAUUUUUGAUAAGACGUUUUGUAAUCCUGACCUUAUAAUCUCUAAUCUCAAAAAACCCUUCUUCUAUUUUAAAAACAAUCAAUAAAGGUUUCGUGUUUCCUUGACUUCUCAUUAAACUAAUUAGUUUGGCCAGGAUGUCUGGUUUGCAGAAUCCUCGGCCUUUAGUCCUGUGUGGGCCUUCAGGGUCCGGCAAAAGCACCCUUGUGAAGAAGAUGAUGGCGGACUUUCCAGAUAAGUUCGGUUUUAGUAUCAGUCAUACGACAAGACAGCCCCGUCCGGGUGAAGUGCACGGUCAGCAUUACCAUUUUACCACAAGGGAGGAGAUGGAGCAGGCGAUCAAUGAUGGGAAAUUUAUUGAAAGUGCCAGUUUCUGCGGGAAUAUGUAUGGGACAAGUAAAGCAGCAGUUGAGCGAGUGAUUCAAGAGGGGAAAGUAUGUGUUCUUGAUAUUGACGUCCAGGGGGUGAAACAGGUCAAGAAGACUGACCUGAACCCCUUUUAUGUGUUUAUAAAACCUCCAAAUUUGGAGGAGUUAAAGAACAGGUUGACGGCGCGCAAAACCGAAUCUGAGGAGAGUCUCACCCAUAGAUUGAAAGUUGCAAGUGAAGAAAUGGAAUACGGAACCGAAAAUAAUUUCGAUUUUAUCGUCGUUAAUGAUAAUUUAGACCAUGCAUAUGCUCAGCUGAAAUCAUUUGUAGAAGAGAAGGUUUUAAAACAAACAAAUUAAAUAAUUUUUGAUUUUUAUUAACACUACAUUCCUUAUGGAGCAUUCUGGCCAAGUUUAGCAACAAAUUAAAGUACUUAAUGUGUAGGAGCCAAAAAAAUUAAUGUUGCUUGCGCUAAAUUGACCUCACAAUUAGGUGAGCUUUAGUCAAUGUUGACGUUUCAAAACCCCGAAAUAACUAACUGCAUUUACUUGAUGGUUAACUGUGAUUUUGAGGUACUUUGAGAUUGUAUUUGUACAAAACUAGAGCUUAAUUUGUAAUGAAACGUAAACUUAACUGUAGGUAAAAUUGCAAUAAAUUGAUGCUCCUAA